AUGAUAUUUAGGUUUAUAUGUCUCAUCUGCAAGGCAAAAUUUUGAAUACUUUUUAAAACUUAAAGUAAAUUAUUUGGUUAUUGAAAUAUUUUAUUGCGACAAAAACGUGUUCGGGGCGGAGUCAAGAUGUUGCAACGGACAUAAAAAGAUAAAGAUUAUACAAGCAGUGGCACCUGAGAACCUGAAUAUCGGUCAUUGAAUCAAGAAAGUGUACGAUUAAGUCAAGUUGUUGGGGGGAGGAAAAUCUGCGGAUCUCCUCUGGUCCGGCGCUCCCUCGCCGAUUUUUUCGCUCAGGAACCUGCACCUGGUCUUCGAACUUCUUGUAGUCUGAUGGCCUCCAAAAUGCUAUAUAAGGGAAUGAAUAUUGGCAGAGGACAAGCCAUCUGUUGACUUCAAACCCAAUCAGGUUCGUUCUUUCAUCUCAGAGAGCAUUUAGUAGGACUGAAACUUCGUUUUUGCUGAUCCUCUAAGGUGAAUUUUUCCAUAGAAAAUGUUUUUCAGAAUGCGAGUUCUCUCCGUCGUCUUCGCCUUGGUCGCCGCCUCGUCGGCUUUCCUCUUCCCUAGCGCCGGAGGCGGCUGCGGAUGGUACAGUCGUGUUUCAGGACUUCUUCAAUAAGAUCUGCAUUUCAGCGGAGCUCCACCACCGCCACCAUGCGGCUGUGCCCCACCACCAGUUCCAGCCUGCGGAGGAGGCGGCGGUGGCUGCGGUAAGAGAUCCCAGUACGGAUUCUUGAAUCUGAGUCUUCCUUUUUCAGGAGGCGGCGGCUACGCUGCUCCCCCACCAGCCUACGCUGGUCCCCCAGCCGGAGGAUACGCCGUCGCCGGAAAAUAA